AUGUGCACCACCUCCAAACGAUGCAACUUGCUGCGGCGCGCAGGCGGCCUGACCAAGGGCUUCAGGCAGGGCACCAUCUACUGCACCCCUGCCACGGCCGCCCUGGUCCGGCUGAAGAUUAAGGUGGCGGAGAGCGCGCUGAGGGCGGUGCCGCUGGGGCAGGAGGUGGUCGUGGAAGGCACGCGCAUAAAGUUCCUGGACGCCAACCACUGCCCUGGGUCCGCGCUGAUCGCCGCCUUCCCGCCCGACGGCGCGCCGCCCGUGCUGCACACGGGCGACGCGCGGCUGACUCGGGAGGCGACCCGCGGGUGCCUGGUGCUGGAGGGCAUGAGGGGGCGGGCGGUGCUGGUGCUGGACACCACUUACGCAGACCCCCAGUAUUGCUUCCCGCCGCAGCAGCAGGUGGUCGACAGCGUCAUACGCUCUGUCAAGGCGGAGUCGUUCAACCCGCGGACGCUGUUCUUGUUUGGGUCCUAUACAAUCGGGAAGGAGCGCCUCUUCCUGUCUGCAGCCGCCGCCCUCAACAAGAAGCUGUACGUGGCGGCCGCCAAGCGGGCCGUGCUGGGCUGCAUCGACCUGUCUCCAGAGUUCAGGUCGAUGCUUACCACAGACCACCUGGAGACAAACAUGCACGCGGUGCCCAUGCGCCAGGUCACCAUGGAGGCGAUGGAGGCGCUGCUGCUGCGGUACAAGGGGCGGUACACCACAGUGGUGGGCUUCUGCCCGACCGGUUGGAGCCAGGUGCGGUCAUCCAAGGGGCUCACACGCGGCCGCCGCAACCAGGCCGGCACCGUGGUGCUCUACCAGGUCCCGUAUUCAGAGCACAGCAGCUUUGACGAGCUUCGGGACUUUGUGGCCUGGUUCCGCCCCAAACGCAUCAUACCCAGCGUGAACAACGACCGCGACGGGCCAAAAUGCCAGGCCAUGCUGCGCCUGCUGACCGGCGACAGGGGGCCCAUGGAUGCAUUCGCGCGCGGCAGCGGUGGCGGCGGCGUCAGCGGCAGCGAAGGGAGGGUGCCCAGCAGCGGCAGAGGGGUGGCCGCAACUUCGGGGUGA